AAGAUGCUCCGAAUCUUCUUCUUUCCGUGUCUACCACAUCCCCCCAGUUAUAUACAUGAAACUAUAUAAAUCCCCUCCUCCACCAAUAGUACAAGGAAAACUAUCAGACCAGAGAUAUAGAUCGUACAGCUGCCUUUGUAUUCUAACCUACACAACAUAAUGGCAUCCGCUACAUUAUUCAGAAUGUCCAGACCCCUUGGUCUGCCUUGCUAUCCUUCUUCUUCGUCUUCGAAUAACAGCAAAUUUUCAUCAAUGGUGUCUACUAGGUCUGUCAAAGCAACGUGUCUUGGCAGCAGCGGUGGCUUAAGUACAGAGAAUUGGCUUUCCACUGGGCCGCCUUCUGGUCAUGGUGAAAGGGCUCCCAAGGAAGUAAAGGUGUCCGUUUCAUCUUCAGGGUGCCUUGUCACUUCCAAACCAAAGACGGACAUGUGGGUUGACUUGGCUCAAUUUCUUACAGAUGUUGCUCAAUUUGUAGUUCUACAGCUUAGGAGAUUGGCUUUUUUUAAUAAAAGAACACCUUGGAAGUUACAUAUGCAGAUGUUCCUGGAAAAGGUGAUAAUGGAUUGCAGAUUCUUUGCAAUGUUUGCUGUUGGAGGAUCUUUACUUGGUUCAGGAUUAUGCUUUGUCGAGGGAUUCUCCUUGAUAUUGGAAUCAUAUUUGCAAUAUUUUCAUUCCCUGUCUCAAGGGUCAGAGCAAGAACAUCUUGUCCACCUCUUAAUUGAAGCGAUCGACAUGUUUCUGGUUGCAAUUACAAUGCUUUUAUUCGGAAUGGAGAUGCAUGUCAUGUUUGUAGGAUCAUCUGGUCUUGCAGGCAAAUUGUCACGGUUUCUCCAUCUAUCAACCUCAACAAAGGCAGUUCCAUCAAGAGUUGGAAUUCACACAAUAAUGCAAGCCAAGUCGAAAAUCGGGCAAGCUGUCAUAAUGAUGCUUCAAGUGGGAGUGCUGGAGAAGUUCAAGACAAUACCUUUGGUUACUGGUUUUGACCUUGCUUGCUUUGCUGGCGCUGUAUUUACUUCUUCUGCUUGCAUGCUCCUCCUUUCAAAACUUGCUGGUAGUGGCAGUGGCGCUUUGAAAAGAUAGUUUAGCCAAGAAAAGGGAGGACGAACUUGUUAGCAUUUCUGCCAGCUGACUCAAACGCAAGCACAAUUUUGUAGUAAAGGAAUUUCUGCAUGCAUUUGUUGUAUAGGGAAUGCAAAGAGCUUGAAUAUGGAAGCAAGAAAGAACUUGAGGAAAGCCCUCAUGCCAAGGUUUCGUGUAAGCAGAGUAACAGUGCAGCAAGAGAAUAACCUAAUAGAAACAAAGAGCUUCAAUUGAAUUGAGGCUGUUUGAUUUAUUCUUUCUUUAAUUUUCCUAUUAUACUUGAACUUCUUGAUGAUGUAAACAAACAAAGAUACAUAUCAUCCUAUUGUUUUGGUGUAUAGAUGAAAGAAAUAAACUAUUUCAGUAA